AAAGGAUCCAAUAAUAUAUUGAUCUAUUUCACAAAUAAUAAUAGACAUCAUUAGUACAAUUGUCACUCGUAAAUUAAUGUUUCAGUCUUAUCAACGGUUGAUUCCCACGCUGGUUAGAAUAAAGUUACGAACGUCAAACUUUAACGUGCUUCUGAUUCGAUUGGUUGCUGGCUCGAGGGACUUUUGAUUUUAUGAAACAUUCCAAAACCUUCAUUAAAAGCUGCACCAAAUUAGUAGACAUACUUAUAAGGUUGAGUUGGGGCAAACGUGGUGUCUCUUGUUAUAAUGGAAAUUGAUUAAUCUGUUUGGUUGAGAGCGAAUUUGACAAAUUCAAUCAAGAUUUCGUUAAAGAUCUUAUUUAGAUUAGUGAAUCUGCCGACUAGCGUCUGCUUAUUUUUUUUUCCUGAAAAAGCAAAACGCUAAUUUGACGUACGUUUAGAGUUGAGAUGUGUAAUAUGCAAGACUGAAAUCAUCGCAAAGAAUUAUCGGUGCCGUAUUUCUUGUUCAUCCAGUCUUAUGAAUUAUCAGCUUAUUAAUAAAUUCUAAGAAGUCAUUUAGUCAUUUUAAAGACAGAAAUCAGGUAUUUUUUCAAUAAAAUAUUGAUAAGUCUAGAUCUAAUACGACAGAUCAAAUAGUUGACAGUUAGGUUCGAGUUACUAAUAUCCGUAUGGUUAUUACCUAAACAGGUAGACAUAUUUGUAAAAAUGACUAAUGAGACGAAAAGAAAAUGCCAAGUAAAGACUAUCAUAUAAAAAUAUCUGUUGUCAAAAAUAACAGAAUCGCUUUGUUAAGUAAUCUUAAUAACAUUAACAACUGAAAAAAGGUGUCGACCGCUAAAUUGUCUAACAACAAUGGAACGAAAGUUUACCAUGAAAUCUCCAUUGAAGGAAAAUGAACCAGCGCAGCCAAGAAAAACGUCAUUUCUAGAAAAGCUUGUCACACGUUAUAAAUGCUGUCUUCUAAAUUGGAUCAUACUGAAAUUUUUUCAAAAAGAUAACGAGUUUGACGAACUCGAACUGCAAGUCGUCAGAUAUAAACCAGAAGGUCUGGACACCCUAUGCAGGAAUACGAAGUUUUCAAGAAAAGAAUUACAAAUAAUGUAUAGAGGUUUUAAACAAGAAUGUCCUACGGGGAUUGUAAGCGAAGAAACGUUCAAAGAAAUUUAUGCUCAGUUCUUUCCACAAGGAGAUUCCAGUUCAUAUGCACACUAUGUUUUCAAUACAUUUGAUCAUGAUCGAAGCGGAACUAUUAGUUUUGAGGAGUUCGUGAUAGGUCUGUCUGUGUUAUCACGAGGUUCAUUGCAAGAAAGGCUACAAUGGGCUUUCGGUUUGUAUGACAUAAAUGGGGAUGGUCUUAUUACACGAGAAGAAAUGUUAGAUAUAGUAUCUGCUAUUUAUGAUAUGAUGGGACGUUUUUCUGAACCCUCUGUAGAUGAAAACACCACCAAAGAUCAUGUUGAAAAAGUCUUUCAGAAAAUGGAUCUAAAUAAAGACGGGGUAAUAUCAUUAGAAGAAUUCAUGGAAACCUGUAGACGUGAUGAAAAUAUAAUAAAAGGAAUGGCUAUAUUUGACACAGUUUUGUAGUACAUUGAAGAAUUCGAUUAUUCCACAGUAAGACUUUCAUUCAUGUGAUCCGCAAUGUGAGGUGUAAACGUGUUAUCACAUUCCAGUUUGUCUGUUUUAAUUGUGUAUUAAACAUUAAUACACAGAUAUUGUAACGUCAAGCAUGUGAUUGAUACGGACGGAAGGCCACAUUUUGUGUAUUUGUAAAUGUGUUCCGAAAUCUCAUUGUAUGAUCACAUUAAGUUCAAUGAAAGCAGAUCAAUUUUAAUUGAUUUUGGGUCAGAAUGACUGGCUGUUUUUCAAUUCCAUGUUCAGAAACCACUUUCCAAAGACCAAAAGU